GUGCUGUCGUUUGCACGCGUAUUUGCCGUUGCUCCGCGCGUAAUUUGAGUGACUUCUCUUCUGUGGUAUCUUCUUUAGUGUUCUUGUUUUUUAUUUUUGUGUCGCAGUGAAUGUUUACAAAGAAAGUGUAUAUUCUUAACAACAAUUAAACAGAGCAAGGCUAGCAUAGCUGUGUGAAGAAUAAAAAUAAACGCAAGUCCACCGAGUAAGCUGCUUACGACGAUGCGUACAUUUAAGCCGAUAGUGACAUCUGCGGUGGUGUUCGUGUGACGCACGGAACGUUCGUACGGACUAAAGACCGAAUGAGCCAAAAAUCAGUGUGGGUUGGAACCGGGUGGGAGUUGUGGCGGUGUGUAACACGGUGCCGUUCCUUCUUCGUCUGCUCGUGCACAUUGCUGCUGGCUGACAGAAGAAACCGUACAUGUGUGUGAUGUGAUGGCAGUUAAUUUGUAGAUUUGUGAAGUUUAAAAACAUCAAAAUCGCAAACAAGUGACAUAUUUUUUAGUGUAAUUACUAGCAGAAAAUGUUCUGCUAGUUGUAAGUUACCAAGUGCAACGUACGUCACAGUUUGAAGACUUGUUUUCAAAGAAUUUUGCUGUUUGGUUGUGUGUGAUAUCUUAUUGAGUUUUAUUUUCAUGGAAAAGAACCUGCGGUGCACAGUGGGAUAUUACAAGUUGUUUCUGGGCUUGGAAGCAGUUCUUUGAGGAGAAAAGAUACUUCUCGCCACACAGAUUCGACAGACGGUCCCGAACUCAACCAAAUCCAAAGCCAGAUCGGAUCCGAAGCGACAACAGUUUCACAAGCAACAACAGACGAAAGAGAGAAAAUGUCGGUGUUGGUGUGUGUGUGCUUUAUACGCAGGUUCUGAAACAGGCAAAAAACCCUAAAGUGAUCCUCAAUCAAGUGUAUGUAGUUUGGUAGUCUGAGCGCGGUAGAGAAUCCAGAGCUCCAGAAAACGGACGGCCAACGCAAACGAAGACGACGACGGAGAUCGCGACGGUAUCACAACACCAUAUCUCCGUCUGCCGUGUUUCGAAGAAGAGUGUUUUCAUAAUUUCUGUCUUGACAAGUGAGUGAGAUAGCAGCAGGCUGUGUCCAAGUCACGCUCACGCAGUACGAAGCAAUACUUUCCAGGUUAGGAUAAUAUACGGAAAGAAACACAGAGGAUAAACCUGCUGUGCAGAGUGUGUUGAGAUUUGAGUGCGUUUUGAAAUUUUACGUGUUUCUAUAAUCAGGUAACAGAACAAACGGUAGGGAGGUUUGUUUUUUGUUUUUCUCUCGAUCGAAAAGUUAAGCAGUGCGGAAAGGUCCGAUGGUUUGCCAUCGAUGAUCGUUCGAUCUACUACAGUGGUGCGGCAGUGCUGAGAAUGCCGAGAUGGCCUACGGGCCAAUUGUUUCGCGUUUCUCGCGACCAUUCGCUUUGGGACUUCCGGCUGACUACAGCGCGACGAGCGUUCAACGGUGGCUCCUGAUAGUGGUUCUACUGCUGACAGACUUCCUGCCACGGAAUGGUUUAGGCUCGGCCAGUGGCAGCUUCACUAACCAGCUGCUCUACACCACGUACGUCGACAUUCGGCUGGCGAAUGUCACUAUCCAGCAGAACACCACCUGCUCGGUGGAGACUCUGGUCAAGGAUCUGAACGAGGCUUCGGCGAUGGAUUUUUACUACGAGCGGGGUUUGAUUUGCUUUACAGAGCACAACUCCGAAACGAUCCAGUGCGCCCAGCUGCGGGGGUCAACCGGCGGGGGAAAUUCUCCGCUGCAGGCCGUCAACAAAACUGCUGUGAUAUCCAACGGGUUGGACAAACCCGAAGGUCUAGCGAUAGACUGGUAUAGCGAUAAGCUCUACUGGACCGAUGGCGAAACGAAUCGGAUCGAGGUCGCCACAUUGAACGGAAAGUUCCAGAAGGUACUGAUUUGGAGCGAUCUGGAUCAGCCACGUGCCAUAGCUUUAGUACCUGCCAGACGCAUUAUGAUCUGGACCGACUGGGGUGAGAGUCCGAAGAUCGAACGCGCCAGCAUGGAUGGCGAUCCUCAGUCCCGGGUUGUGCUAGUGCACGAACGGAUAUUUUGGCCCAAUGGGUUGGCGGUCGAUCUGGAUAAUGAGCUGAUCUACUGGGUCGAUGGUAAUCUCCAUUUUUUGGACGUCAUGAAUCUGGACGGAAGCAACCGGCGGACAUUGGUUAACAAUCUGGACUAUCCGUACAGUUUAACGUUCGCUCCGAACUAUCUGUUUUGGACCGAUUGGCAGGAAGGCACGCUUCACUACUACAACAUUGCCGGCGGAAAACAUGAAGCGAUUCUGGACAGUCCGGUGGUACCGAUCACAGUCCACGCGUGGGAUCCGCGUCUGCAGCCGGCGGCUGAUAAUCCGUGCCGACGGAAUAAUGGCAAUUGUUCCCAUUUGUGUCUUCUGUCGACCAACAUGGCAGGUUAUAGCUGUGCCUGCCCAACUGGGGUGAAGCUCCUAUCCAAGACUCAAUGCGCCGAUGGACCGCAAGACAUGCUAUUUGUCGUUCAGCGAACGCAGGUCAGUCGAAUAUCGCUGGACUCGCCAGACUACACUAGCAUUCAGCUGCCACUAGGGAAGGUCCGUUAUGCAAUUGCGAUUGAUUACGACCCGGUGGAUAACUACAUCUACUGGUCAGAUGAAGGCUCGAAUGCGAUCAAAAAAGUUCGCCCGGAUGGAACCGGUGUGGUGGAGGUGGUAAACACUGAGAUUCAGAGCCCGGAUGGUCUGGCCGUCGAUUGGUUAGCACGUAACCUAUACUGGACUGACACUGGGACCGACCGAAUACAGGUCUGUCGUUUGGAUGGUGCAUUUAGGCGAGUUUUGAUUUACGAGAACCUCGAAGAACCACGUGCGAUUGCGUUGUCCCCGACACUCGGAUGGAUGUUUUGGAGCGAUUGGAGCGAGAAAGAUCCGAAGAUUGAGCGAGCGUCUCUGGAUGGCACCGAACGGGUGCUGAUCGUUCAGCAGAAUCUGGGUUGGCCUAACGGCAUUGCUUUGGAUGUUGAGGUUCGUAAGAUCUACUGGUGCGAUGCAAAGUUGGAUCGCAUCGAAGUUGCCAACAUGGAUGGCUCGGGAAGAAAUAUAAUACUGUCGGAAAAUUUACCGCACGCCUUCGGUUUGAGUCUGCUGGGGGAUUAUCUGUAUUGGACGGACUGGCAACGUAGAUCUAUCGAUCGAGCCAACAAAUUGAAUGGAAAUGACCGCACGGUGAUUGUGGAGGCUUUUCCGGAUCUGAUGGGCCUUAAGGUAGCGAAAUUACACGACGUCAGAGGAACGAAUCCUUGCGUGGUGAGGAACGGGGGAUGUUCACAGCUGUGCUUGAAUCGACCGAAGGAUUACGUGUGUCGCUGUCAGAUUGACUAUGAACUGGAUCGAGACAAUCGAACUUGUUUUAUUCCUUCAGCUUUUCUGCUGUUUUCGAGGCAUGAUACCGGGAGUAUUGGAAGGAUCUCGAUUGACAGUCACAAUCACACGGACUACGCUCCGUUUCGGAGUGUGAUUGAUGCCCACUAUCUGGACGUAGACAUCGCCGACCGUCGGAUCUAUUGGGCAAGCCAAAAACAGAAACAUAUCUCACGUGCCUAUAUAAACGGUUCUAAUGUGGAGAAGAUUGUUGAAUCGGGAUUGAUUCAACCGGAAGGUAUCGCAGUCGAUUGGUUGGCACACAACAUCUACUGGACCGACGCCGAUGCCCGUAGAAUCGAAGUCGCUCGAUUGGACGGAAGCAGUCGAAGAAUUUUGAUCUGGAAAGGCAUUGAAGAGCCGAGAAAUUUAAUUUUGGAACCCCGUCGGGGUUUGAUGUAUUGGGCCGAAUGGCCUUCGGAUUCGAUCAGAAGAGCCGUCAUGGACGGUAGCGAACUAAAGACCAUCAUUUCUGCGGCGAAUGUGGCAACCGGACUGACACUGGACCCUGACACCCGUCGGCUAUACUGGGCAAGCCAGAGCUCACCGACUGCGAUCGAAUCUGCUGAAUGGGAUGGAAAUAAGCGAAAGGUCCUGGUGAAGGCUGACACCGAUAAUCCGUUCGUUCCGCACGCAGUAACUCUGUAUAAAGAUUUUGUCUAUUGGAGUGAUUGGAACACCGGAGAAAUUGAACGAGCGAAUAAAACUUCAGGGGAAAACCGUACCAUUGUACACGCAAAUCUUAAGUACACGAAUUCGCUAUUGGCUUUCCAUCCCAAUCGUCAAUCUGGAUCGAACCAAUGCAGAACUAACAAUGGAGGCUGCACACAUCUGUGUUUGGCGCUGGGCCAACGCAAAAUGACUUGCGCUUGUCCGACGCACUACACGCUGAACCCGAACCGAGUUUCCUGCAGCCCACCCAAGAACUACAUCAUCUUCAGUCAGCGAAAUUCGUUUGGGAGGUUUAUGCCGAACACUACGGAUUCACCGGACGUUCCCUUGCCGGUCACCGGUAAGAAUAUCCGGGCUGUGGAGUACGACGUGCUGACGCGCUAUGUUUACUGGAUCGACGGCCGUGGUCCUAUCAUACGUCGUGCAUUCGACAACGGAACCGUGGCGAAAGUGUUCAUUGAUCCCGCCUCUUCUCCCUUCGAUAUGGUAAUUGAUCCGAUUGGCCGCUUGCUGUUCUGGAGCUGUUCACACACGAAUACCAUCAAUAUAACGAUGUUGGAUGGUGAUAUCGAUCGGAUUGGAAACGUGGACAUCGGUAGCUCGGAGAAGCCACGCAGUCUUGCGCUGCAUCCGACAAAGCGCUUGUUGUUUUGGACUGACGUUGGACCGGCACAGACUAUUAUUCGUGCCAAGCUGGACGGAUCACAACGGAAGGAGCUGGUGUCGAAGCUAGAAGGCAUCACCGCCCUUACGCUGGAUCCUCAAUCUAAUCGGCUGUUCUAUGCACACGGAAAACGCAUCGAUACGAUGGAUAUCGACGGAAGAGAAAUCAAAACUCUAGUAGCGGAGCACAUAAGCUUAGUGUCGUCGAUCGCUGCUCUCAACGGCUACAUCUAUUGGCUAGAUGAACGGCCUGGAAUGGAGCGAAUAUCAGUCCAUGGUGAGUACCGCCGAACGGAGAUACAAAAAAUCCCACACAUCACGGACAUCGUGGCUGUUUGGACGCCGGAGGCGCGAUCCCUGCGAAAUCACACGUGCAAUUCGGCCCGGGCUAAGUGUAGUCACAUCUGCAUCGGAGCUCCGGACGAUGCCCGUACCGAUGAUAUUUGUGCCUGUCCGCAAGGGCUCAUGUUAAUGAAAGAUCGGCGCAGCUGUGGUGCGCUACCAGUCUGUGGACCGGACCAUUUUACCUGCGCGGUAACGUUCUCCAGCAACGGAUUGGAUGGGGAUAAUAACAAGGACUGUAUUCCGGUGUCGUGGCGCUGCGAUGGUCAAAAGGACUGUCCGGAUCGAUCGGAUGAAUUGGACUGUCCGGCUUGUCGAGCCGAUCAGUUCAAGUGUCAAUCGGGCGAAUGCAUCGAAAAGCAUUUUGUCUGCGAUGGAACGACGCAGUGUCUGGAUGGGUACGAUGAAGCAGUUUGCUGUAAAAAUCCGGAGGACUUCCAGUGUCCCACGAGUAAGGUUUGUAUUUCUUAUCUUAAUAUUUGCGAUGGUGAUGAACACUGCGCCAACGGGGAGGAUGAAGCACCCGAGUUGUGUACCGAGUACAACAAUAGACGGAUGGCUCCUAGUGGAAGCAAAAUAACGAUGCUAAUCGUGGUGGUGAUUGCAGUGGCAAUCGUUUUCAUUGUGGUUUACUUGCUACAAACCUGUCGGUCACGAUUUGGGGCGGGUUCCUCUGAGCCGAAGGAAGAUCAAGCAGCUGCCCCGCUAUCUCCGGGAGGUAUCAACAAGAACAUUCGCGUCUCAAAGCUAAGUUCGGUGGCUGAUGCCGUACGGAUGUCUACCCUGAACAGCCGCAACAGUACGAACAGCUACGAUCGAAAUCACAUCACUGGAGCCUCCAGUUCCACCACCAACGGAAGUAGUCUGAUUGGCUAUCCAUUGAAUCCUCCACCGUCACCGGCGACAACUGCCGGAUCGGCACGGUACAGCUCCAGUUACAACCCAUACAAACACUAUAAAAUCAUCAACCAACCACCGCCACCGACGCCAUGUUCGACGGAUGUCUGCGACGAAAGUGAUUCCAACUAUACCAGUAAAAGCGGCCGAAGUCGUGAUCGAAUUGGGAUGGCAGGCGGUGGCGGAAGCCUUGGAGGCGGUGGUACCAGCAGCAGCAGUGGAAGGGGUGGCGGAACAUGUGUCAAGUACAAAAACCAUGGCGGCGAUCGGUACGACUCGGAACCAUACCCUCCACCGCCGACACCGCGCUCGCACUACCAUAGCGACGUUGGUGGUAUGCUCCCAGAGAGCUGCCCACCGUCGCCGAGUUCGCGAAGCUCAACGUACUUCUCGCCUCUACCUCCACCGCCCUCACCGGUGCCAUCGCCCUCGAGGGGAUACUCAUAGCCACCACCGGGUGGCUCGUCGUUGUUCUAGGUUAAUCAUUUCUAGUUGGUUAGGGAACGCUGCCAAGCGUUCGGAGAGCUAUAUGGCUAUUUUUUACUAUAGCAAAUGAAGCAUUUAGAUAGAGCUAGGAUAUGUAAAUAUUUAUUUUACACGGUUGAAGAGUUUUACUAGCAAUAUUAGCGCAGUAGGGUAAUGCGAAAUUUUUGCACAAAGAUCUUCCCCCUCUCAGACGAUGAUCGAGAAUCAAAAAAAAAUGUAUCGGUUUUCUGAACUUGUGCUUCCAGUAAGUGGAAUAUUAAGUUUUGAAAUAAAUUUUGCAAAAAAAAAACGUUCAGAAGAAAAAAAAUCGUGCCUUAUAUGAUACAAAGUACAUAGGAAGCUCAAGCUUCCCUUUAACAUCUCACAUUUGUUUUCUAAAUUUUGGAAAUUUUGACACAUCAACAACCAAACUCUAAGUAGGCCAAAUUAGGGAUCGAAAGCAUCGUAUUUAGGUGUAGAAAUGUGUUUAUCUGUAAAUAUUUUAAGAACAGUCAAUAAGUGCGAAAUGAUUUCACGGCAGCUAGAUAAUGUAACAGCAAUAACAACAAAACAACAGAAAAACGCAGGGCAAUAAGAGCACAUUUCUCGUAGAAAACUCCCACACUGCAGUGCGAAAAUAUGUGAGUAUGUACAACAACAAUAACAACAGUCGUCCUACUUUGUGUAUUCUCCGUUGUCAUAGCUUUAGUUAGAGACUAACUAUUAGUUGUAGUUCCGAUGCCGCUGACCCUCGCAAUAGAUUGUGGUAUGUACGUGUAUGUUUUCCCCACUGUGUGUAUGUAUUAUAGAAAAAAAAUAGUGAGUACCUACUUGAGCAAUAGCAACCGUUGAAUUUCCGCCUUUGGGUGUAAUUAUACACGAGAAAUGUGCUCAAAAGACUGAAUUCUACAGCAGUGUAAAUUAUUUGCGAACAAAAAAGGACUUGUUCACUAGACUUAAGUGGAUUAAAAUAUAUAAUUUGUAGCGACCUGCACUGUUGCGCGUGUUUGCGAGCGGUAAACACACACAACGCCCAGCAGGAUGCCUCUUAUCUCGAGCUUACAAUUUCAUAUGUUUAGAAUCAAUGAGGAACUUGUUCGUACAGUUGAAGAGAAAAAGAACAGUAGGAUGUUUUUAUUGUUGUAAAAAAUAUACAAACUAAUUGGAGGUUAA